AUGUCGAGUGCUUUUUCCGCCAUUGCUACUCCCUCUGCACCGCUCAACAAUUUAGUCCGGACGUGGUCCACACAAUUAUCCUCUGAAUCCUCCAAUCUGGUGACAAUCACGUCAAUUGAAACGGAGACUGUUUAUCCUACAUGGGUCUACACGAUAUCUGGCCCUGGGCCUAGUUCCAGCACAGCCACUGUGCUUGACUACCUAACGUCAACGCUGAGCCCAACCCCGGUGACCGUGACUCUGACAACGACUAAGCUGUCGACAACUAAGCUGGACGCCACAAUAUCGACUGCCAGCUCUACAACACCGGUAAUCUCGGAGCCCCCAGUGUCGACUCCAAUCCCAACCUCGGUUCUGUCAAGUUCAAUGGUGGACUUUCCUAUUUCGGCAACUUCGGAAUCAUCCGACCACUCAUGGCAAUCCGAUACCUCUAGCAGUAUGUGGAUUUCACUUACUAGCUCAAUUAUAUAUCAUUCAUCGUCCCUGCCUGUCUUGCCAGAGACAGUCAUUAGCUCCAUAACCUCUAUGAGCUCCUACAGUACCUCGCCCAGCUCCAGCGCUGCACCAACAAACACACCUUCAAUAUUACCAUUCAUCGGAACUGCCACUAGUGCAAGCUCUGCGGAAACAGCGCAAGCCGACAAUUCUAGCCCCACAUCGACCUCCAAAACCGGAACGAUAGUUGGGAGCGUCAUCGGAGGAUCAGCAAUCAUGAUCUUCGCCCUCCUAGCCUGCGCACUCUAUAUGCGUCGCCGACGACGAAAAAUAACGACAGAGCGGCUGGGCAUCAGACAGAAACUAAUACGAGGUGACUCAGCGAGCUCAUCAGUUAGCCACCACCACCACCACAACCGCCACAACUCCUUCCCCUCGAUCCCAAGCAACAUCGGCCCGCGAUCACCCGUACUCCCAAUCAUCCCGCUGCAACAGCAACCCUCGGAUCCAAACCUAUCCCUGGAUAGCAUGUACCUGCGUGGUGAGAGAGCACCGCAAGGCUCCUUCGCGGACCCCAUCAUCGAGAUCUCAGCCCCAUCUCGCUCGGUCUCAAUAUACUCUACCUCCUCCCGGGGCGCCGGGGUCGGUGUGCAGGGGUACUGGGACUGCGAACGUGAUGGCAUGGAUGCCCUUGCUGUGCCGCAUGUAUACUCGGAUACGCCUGUGAUGCGCGAUAGCAUGCGUAGUGACCCCUUCGACCUUGAUCUUGAGCCUCCGCCAAAUGCGCAUCACCGGUCUUCUGUUCCUCCAGUCCCGACUGUGUGGGGUGAUAACUUUUAG